AUGGAGAUCGGACCAACCUGGAACGGCACCGCACCGGGUCCCGCGCUGUACCUGCGUACCCGCACCUGUGCCCUGACGCGCUUCAGGGCUUUGUCGGGGAACCAGGGCAGGAGCGCUGGAGGUCGUCGACGUCCCAGCUCUCGACUCCCCGUCCCGACAGGGGUGGCUACUGUAACUCCAUCAGCCUGCCCUCAGGCACCGGGCGUGAAUGACCACGUCUCCCUUCCUGUCCAUCUCUCAUCUUCCGCUGCCACUUUCCCCCUUGCCUGCCAGCCUGCCUUCGCCUCCCUCGGGAGUCGUCGCCCACGUCGCCCGCCUUCGCCGUCGUUACUGUCAACAUCGCCGUCAUCGUCGCCGUCCUCAUCUCGACGCCUCCCUCGGUGGUGGUCCGAGCCACUUGCGCUGUUGGUGCUGCUCCUCCGCCGUGUACCAGGUUGCCGCCGCCUGCCGUACCGUGCCAACCCGACCUCAAGCAUUCAGUCGACCACCCUUAUACGCCGCAUACACCUACCUUAUUCCUACCUACCGUGCCUACCGAUUGCCGGACUCACCACGUACGUACAAGCACUGACUCCGGCUCUGUGCGCCGUGGAGCCCGCCGUCGCGUCCGCGCUCUUGCCGCCCUCAUCCGUGCGGACCUCGCUUGGCCCGGCCCUCCCUUCCUAUCUACUCGGUCCGCUACGAGUACGAAUCCGCCCGGCUUCUGCCGCCAAGGCGCCGUCAACAUGA